UGUGUCUGCUUAGCAAUCACGAGAAUCUUAAGCGCUUCUUCGCCUUUUACAUAAAAAUCCCAGUAACUUGAAGUCCAUCUUUUUUCCUGGUCUUUUAAGUUUGACUGCAAAGUCCUCAACACUAAAGACUGAGAUAAAGCUGCAUAAAGAAGUUUACUAAUCUUUUAAUGGCUCAUGAUACCUCUUCUGUUGCCGAAUCACCUCGACGUCGUUCUGGUCUUCUGCGAGACCAGGUGCAGUUGACUAAACGAAAGGACUGUGAUCGCUAUGAGAUUGUUCCGAUCGAAGAUAAACUGUCGUUUGAGAAAGGUUUCUUCAUCGUAAUUCGUGCAUGCCAAUUAUUGGCUCAAAAGAAUGAUGGAUUGAUUUUAGUUGGAGUAGCUGGACCAUCUGGAGCUGGAAAGACUGUGUUCACAGAGAAGGUGCUCAACUUUAUGCCUGGCAUAGCCGUCAUAACCAUGGACAACUACAAUGAUGCUAGCCGAAUUAUUGAUGGGAACUUUGAUGACCCACGGCUGACAGAUUACAACACACUGCUUGAAAAUAUUCACGGUUUAAAAGCUGGGAAACCUGUUCAAGUUCCAAUAUAUGACUUCAAGUCUAGCUCUCGCAUAGGAUACAGGACACUUGAAGUGCCUAGCUCCCGCAUUGUGAUUAUUGAAGGAAUUUAUGCCUUAAGUGAAAAAGUACGGCCUUAUCUAGAUCUCCGUGUAUCUGUCACUGGGGGAGUUCACUUUGACCUUGUCAAGCGAGUUUUACGAGAUAUCCAACGUGUUGGCCAAGAGCCUGAAGAAAUUAUCCAUCAAAUCUCUGAAACGGUAUAUCCCAUGUAUAAGGCUUUUAUUGAGCCAGAUCUCGAAACAGCUCAUAUUAAAAUCAUCAACAAGUUUAAUCCAUUCACUGGAUUUCAGAAUCCUACUUAUAUUUUGAAGUCUACAAGGUCAGUGACAGUGGAUCAAAUUAAGGAAGUCAUAUCUGAGGAAUACAAAGAAAGUCUAGAGGAAACAUACGACAUUUUUCUUCUACCCCCGGGUGAAGAUCCUGAAGCAUGCCAGUCGUAUCUAAGGAUGAGGAACAGGGAUGGAAAAUACAAUCUCAUGUUCGAGGAAUGGGUUACUGAUAGUCCCUUCAUAAUAUCACCAAGAAUAACUUUCGAAGUUAGUGUACGCCUUCUUGGAGGACUAAUGGCUUUAGGGUAUACAAUCGCGGCCAUCCUGAAAAGAAGUAGCCAUGCCUUUUCUGGUGAUAAGGUGACCGUGAAGAUUGAUUGGUUGGAGCAACUCAAUCGCAAAUACGUUCAGGUGCAAGGUCGAGAUCGUUUGUAUGUUAAAUAUGUUGCUGAGCAGCUGGGCUUGGAAGGUUCAUAUGUUCCUCGUACUUAUAUUGAACAAAUCCAGUUGGAGAAGCUUGUAAAUGAUGUUAUGGCAUUGCCAGAUGAUUUGAAAACGAAACUUAGCAUUGAUGAUGAUUUAGUUUCAAGUCCUAAAGAAGCCCUUUCUCGGGCCUCUGCUGAUCGGAGGAUGAAGUAUCUCAGCCGUAUCUCACAAUCGUACUCGAACCAACGGGACAAGAAUUUGCCAAAGCUGACAAAACUUGCUAUUAACAGUAGAAGGUUUGAUGGAAGGGCACCAGAGUUGCCUUCUCCAGCGGUGAAUCCGGGAGUCGUUACACAACUCUCGGAGCAAAUUUCAACUCUGAAUGAAAGGAUGGAUAAGUUCACUUCGAGUAUCGAAGAACUAAAUUCCAAGGUCUCUACAAGGAGUAUUUCGGCUAGCCAGCAGAAUUUAGCUGUGCAGGCAGAAGCCUGCAAUGGUUCUUUACCGACUUCUCUUUUUGUGUCCGGCUUGGGUAAUAAUUCACUCGGUUCAUUGUUGCCUCAUUCUUCAUCUUCUUCUCAGCUGGCUAGAGAAUCCCCACUCAUGGAAGAGGUCCUAGUUAUCGCAAGAGCGCAACGCCAGAUUAUGCAUCAGUUGGACAAUCUAAGCAAUUUGCUACAUGAAUACCGAGGAGAAAGAUGUCGCCAAGAAAGGGUCGAGAGAUCGAACAAAAUGAUCAGUGUUGAGACCAUCGGCGUUCCACUGAUCCUUAGCCUAGCAAUAGGUGGUUUAGGAGUAAACUUGUUUAGGAGCCUGACAUCCCAAAAGUAACACCAUCACUACCAUUUUUAACGUUA